AUGACAUCAUUUCCGCGCGACAUUCAACAAAAGCGUUGAGCUCGCUCUGUAGUAAACAGCUUUCUGUAGAAGCAGCGCUGUUCAUCUUGAAAAUGCUCAAAAAGAAGUCCAGUAGCACUGAGAAGAAACGGAAACACUCGCAGCCUGAAGACCGACACGACAACAAACGCAGGAGUGCGGAGUCCAACUGUGAGGGCUCCAAGGAUGAGCUGGCCGACGCGGAGCUGGACAGGAUUGGCAGCGACAUCGAGGAAGGCGGACUGGAUCUCAGCCUGCCCUUCCAGCCCAUCACUGCUUAUGUGACGGACAAGAGGGAGAUGCUGCAGCAGUGUCUGCAUGUGCUGGGGGAGAAGAAGCUCCGCAAAAUGCUGCCUGAUGAACUCAAGGACUGUAGUUUAGAGGAAAUCAAGCAGGUGUGCUGGGAGCAGCUGGAGCCCAUCUCAGACACAACCCUCACACAGAUCUUAGCAGGGGAAGAACUGACAUCUGGACACGGAGACGCUCACACAGCGGAGAGCCUGGAGAGCCAGCAAGACAAUAAUGUGGACUCUACAUCUUGCCUCAAAGAAACUGCAAAGACUGAGGACCCUAAGCAAGAGGCUGGCGCUUCAGGCGAGGAGAGUGACGUGCUCAGUAUAAACGCAGACACUUACGAUAGUGACAUAGAAGGACCUAAAGAGGAGCAGACUAAAGCUGUGGGGGGGGCCGUGAAGGCAGCAGACAGCAGCAGGGCAGGCGCUGCUGUGCCCCCUGAACCCCCCGCCACCUCGCCACCAGCAGAAGCAAAGAAAGACCUCCAAAGUGACAUCGACAGAAGCGUCAGUGAGAUUUUAGCCUUUUCCUCCUCUUCCUCGAUCAAAGAGGAAGCUAAAGAGCAGAGUGUUCCUCCGCAGUCCCCAGAUGUUAGUUCACCUGUUCUUCAGGGCGGAGCGGUGUCUGCUCGUUCACCUGCAGGAUGUCCUCCGUCCAUCCAGCAGCUGGAGCUCCUGGAGCUGGAGAUGAGGGCGAGGGCCAUCAAGGCCCUGAUGAAAGCAAGUGAUGGGAAAAAGUCUUGUGUGACAAAAAAUGUGUAACGUGUUGUUGGCUCAACGAUUUCUCUUCUGAUUCAUUGUCCCGUGUACCGUUCAAACUGCUGUGAUGUUACUCCAUAUUGGAAUGAUGCUACAGACCAUUUAAUGCAGAAUUAAACACGAGUCCUGCACCGACGGAGGUGUUUCUGUGUCUGGACACUAGAGGGCAGUGUUGACCUGCAGGACACGGUGCUGUGAUGUGCAGAGCAAGAGGGUUUACACAGAGCGCCAGUGUUCCUGCUCAUUAUGUUCUUUAGUUACAGUAAAGGUUGCUCAAUGUUCCACGAUGUGAGAGUAUCAGAAAGUAGAUCCAGCAGUGACACACCUGUGGUGUUGUCUUCACUCAACACCUUCAGGCUGACGUAUGCAUAGUGUUCUGGUUUCUAACAGGUUAAAGACCACAACAAAUGGUUCCCAUGUCAUUACAGUGAACUAAAUGUAAGAUAGUUAGAGCAGCUGUCCAGUUAGAACCUGCCACCUUCAUCCACCAGAGGAACUCUAGAUGUCAGCUUCCUGUUCGUCUGCGUAGCGGCUGAAUUAAUGGCUUCCUCUCACCUAAUAUUGUAGCUGUAAUUUAUUUCUGUAGCUGCUUUGUUCCUGAUAAACUGUAAGGCUGCGCUAUGUGUGCAAUUACAUGCAGAUGCAGAGCGAAACAGCUCUCCCCAGAGAGACAAUAAAACGUAUGAUAAGAAGCCAGUUGCCUCCUGGGUAUUUGCAUUUAAAAGGAUUGUUUCACGGGAGGAGGAGGGUGGAGGGUGAGAUGUGUCUCUGUGCAUGUGCAGGUAUCUUUGUACUCGUGAUGAUUUGAAGAGGGAAAUGUCUCCUUUAGUGAGAUUCUAAAGUGCUCGUAGUGUCUAUGAUUGGUGAGUAUUUAUCUGUCACUUUGCUGCUAUUAGAAUACCAAUUAUGAUUUGGUACGAGCAGAUAAAUGGCUUUUUAUGCAGACACCAAAAUGAGCAGUGUGGACUGAUGGAGGUGAGAUGAUACGCUUUUGUUGAGAGAGUACUUUUUAGAUUUCCAGAUGAACCUUGUGAUCUGUGUUUAAAUAUUGAAGCAGAUGCUUCUGACUGGUGCCAUUAUGAAAGUCAAAAAAACAAGGUUAGUGCGAAAGGUUUGUGCUCAAACUGGGUCAUGUGUUGAAUAGCCUCACCUGUCACUUCCUCCGUGUUGGAGCCUCUUACUGCACGAGGUUUAUGAUGACCUUUUUUUAUAUAUGUAUUCCUCAGAACUUUAGAUUCUCCUCAGGAAGAAACAGAUCGUGAUGUAAAUCCUCUGUUUGUUAGAGGUGCACAUGUUGCAUAAUAACCUCUGCUUUCACCUGCCAUACUGCAAAGCGUUCUCAUCCUUACAUGUGCAGUGGAAGAUGUUUGUACAUGUGCGGAGUUAAAACAUAGUAAUUGUUGCUCUAACUUCUAAAAUGAAUCCCAGAAGCACAUUUCAGGGAGAACUCUUGAGUGUUGAGAGGUUCUCAGACGAUGAACCCUCUUGCUUUUCACAAACAGGCUUAAAUUUCCACGUGGACGGACCGAGCUAAACAUGCUACAUGCUAACUGUAGUAUCCUGGCACAGUGACGUUAGCGUAACACAGGUGUGUGUGUGUGUGUAAAGUACAACAUUACAGCUCAGCUCCACAUUACCUCACAAGCUGCUGAGAUGUGACGGCAGCUGUCUGUCAGAUCUGUAGUAAUCUGAACCCUGAGCCUCGUGGCUUCACUUUGCUUCAUUUGUAUUUCUGGCUCACACUCGGUCCACUUCCCUCCCUGAUGUUGGUUUUUUUGGAGCGUCUGUAUACAUGUUUUCUUUCUUGUGUUUCAGUGUUUGCAGUACUUUUCUCUUAAUGUUUGUGCUCGGUGUGUUGUGUUGUGUUCUUAGUAGCCACAGGGAAUUGUAAAAUGAAUAUCAAGCAUUGUUAGUGAAAGAAGCAGAAGCUGUCAGUCCCGUAUGAAACUGUAGAUGUGAGUGUGGCGCCACAGAAACACCGCAGGGACGGAAGGAGAUUGAAAAAUGUUGUCUUUUUUUUUUUCUUUUUUCUUUUAGAGAACACAUCCUGUUUGCAUAAAUAAAGCAAAUCUCUUCAACUGUC